AUGGAUAAUUCAUUAUUCACAGCAACCCAUUUCGAUGUUAAAUAUUUACCUGAUAAUAAAACAGCUGUAGUUGAUAUUACAGCUUUAUCAAAUAUUGAUGCUAAUGUUACAGCUGAUGUGGAAUUAAUUGUUUAUGGUUUGAAUGUUUUAAAGACGAACAUUUCCUUCUGUAGUUUGAAUUAUGAAACCAUUUGUCCUUUUUCAACUGGUCAUUUGGAAAUUAGUAAAGCUUUCGAACUUACGAAUUCUCAAAUCGAUCAAAUUCCUUCAAUUGCUUAUACUAUUCCUGAUUUAGAUGCUAGAGUUAGAGUGGUAUUGGUUGAUUCUGAUAGUGAUGAAACUUUGGCUUGUGUUGAAGCUAUUUUAAGUAAUGGUAAAACUGUUCAAACAAAAUAUGCUUCAUGGCCUAUUGCUGCUAUUUCUGGUCUUGGUUUGAUUACCUCAGGGGUAGUGUCAGUUAUUGGUCAUUCUAAUACUGCUGCUCAUAUUGCAUCCAAUUCUAUGUCCUUGUUUAUUUAUUUCCAAAGUUUAGCUGUCACUGCUAUGAUGGCUGUUGCUAAAGUUCCACCAAUCGCUGCUGCUUGGGCUCAAAAUUUCCAAUGGAGUUUAGGUAUCAUUAAAUUGGGUUUCAUUCAAGAUAUUGCCAAUUGGUAUGUUCAAGCCACUGGUGGUACUUCAACUGAUAUUAUUGAUGUUGGAUAUUUAUCUAUUUCUGUUCAAAAAGCCAAGAGAUCAGUAUCUGAAUUCUUAUUAAGUUCUUACGAUAAAACUCAAUUAUCCAACCAUUUAACUUUAUUCAAGAGAUUUUCUUUAUCUAUUGCAACUGAUGAUUUCGGUCAAGCUGAUAGUUUAGAUCCUGAUAUUUAUUCAACCAAUGAAAAAGCUGAUGAUUUGGUUUCAAAAAUUUUAGUUUUAAGAGGUAUUCAAAGAGUGGCUUAUUUAGCAGGUAUUGAAAUUACUUCUUUAUUUUUGACUAGUAUAAUCUUCUUGUUAUUCUUUGGAUUCGUUAUGGUUGCCCUUCUUAUGGCAUUCAAGGCCGUUAUUGAAAUUUUAAUUAGAAGUAAAAUGAUGAAUGAAGGUAAAUUCAAUGAAUAUAGACAACAAUGGGGUAAUAUCAUCAAAGGAGCCUUAUACAGAUUAUUAUUGGUUGCUUUCCCACAAGUUGCAGUUAUGUGUCUUUGGGAAUUAACUACUAGAGAUUCUGCUGGUACUGUAGUUGUUGCAGUUUUCUUAUUUAUCGUUGUUUUUGUUUUAUUAUGCCAAGCUGCCGUUAAAGUAUUUUUGAAAGGUAGAAGAUCAGUUUCUCAAUUCAAGAAUCCUGCUUACUUAUUAUUUGGUGAUGGUAAAUUCUUGAACAAAUUUGGAUUUGUUUAUGUUCAAUUCAGAGCUGAUGCUUACUUCUUCGUCAUUGUAACUUUGUUGUACGUUUUCUUGAAAUGUUUGUUUGUUGCCGUAUUACAAGGUCAAGGUAAAGUUCAAUCUGUUAUUAUUUUCGCUAUUGAAUUAAUUCAUUUAGUCGCUGUAUGCUACUAUAGACCAUUUAUGGAUAAAAGAACCAAUGCUUUCAAUAUAACUAUUGCAGUUAUUUCAACCAUCAAUGCUUUAUUCUUUAUGUUCUUCUCAUAUAUAUUCGGACAACCUCAAGUUGUUGGAUCAAUUAUGGGUAUUGUAUACUUUAUUUUGAAUGCUGCUUUUGCCUUAUUCUUAUUAAUUUUCACCAUUGUCACAUGUGUAUUGGCUUUGGUUUACAAGAACCCUGAUACUAGAUAUCAACCAAUGAAAGAUGACAGAGUCUCGUUUAUCCCAAGAUUCGAUGCUAAAGGUGGAGAUAAUAAAGCUGUUCAAAAUGAAGAAGAUUAUGAAUUGAUGGCUUUAGGUGCUACUGCUAUGAGAGGUCAUGAAAAUGGUGGUAAAGCUGCUGCAUAUGAUGAAGAAGAUUCAGUUUAUGAUGAAGAUUCUUCUGGAUUUGGUGCUCAAAAUAGACAAAAUCAAGUACAAUUCAAAACUGAUGAUCCAAAAAGAAACAGUUUAUACACUGAUAAUGCUGAACCAACACAACCAACUUCAACCAUAACUGGUAAUCCAGGAGCUGCAUUUACCAACUUUGGUAACACUGCCUAUCAAACCAAUAACAACAGUUCUUCAAGUUUCAAUAAUCCUUAUCAACAGAGAAGUGGAUUCAAUGGAUACAACCAAGGAUACAAUACUGGUGGAUAUAGUGGUAGACCAACCAAUGCUAAUAACGUCAACUUCAAGUAA